CGAAAACCAACAACCGGCCAAAAAUGCAAAUUUCCGGCACCCAUAUUCUAGUCUUCCCGUACCCGGCUCAAGGUCACAUGUUAUCACUUCUAGACCUCACACACCAACUAGCCAUCCGAGGUGUAUACAUAACUAUACUUGUUACUCCAAAAAACCUCCCUAGUUUGGCCUCUCUUCUUUCAGCCCAUCCAACCACCAUCACCACCCUUGUCCUUCCUCUCCCACCCCACCCGGGUAACCCAUCCGGUAUCGAAAAUGUUAAAGAUUUACCAAUGAGUGGCUUUAGUGCCAUGAUGGUUGCUUUAGGUGAUCUUUACAAGCCAGUUUUGACUUGGGCAAGAAACCAUUCUAAUCCGCCUAGCGCGAUAUUGUCGGAUUUUUUUUUGGGUUGGACUAAUCGCUUGGCGAAAGAGCUGGGCAUCCGACGAUAUUGCUAUUCUCCGUCGGGUGCGUUAGCUCUUUCUGUUAUUUUUUGUUUGUGGAAAUAUCAACCAAAAAGAUGUGAUAAGACGGAUACGAAUGAAAUUAUAAAAUUUGAUAAAAUUCCUAAUAGUCCACAAUAUCCUUGGUGGCAAAUAUCUCCAGUUUAUCGAAGCUAUGUGGAAGGAGACCCGACUUCGGAAUUUAUUAAGGAAGGGUUCUUAGGAGAUAUUGAGAGUUGCGGAAUUGUUAUAAAUUCGUUCACUGAACUGGAACGAAUUUAUGUUGACUAUCUUAAAGAGGAACUAGGCCAUGACCGUGUAUUUGCGGUCGGGCCUCUUUUACCUCUUGGUACGGAAGUAAUUGAAAGAGGUGGGCCUAGUUCGAAUAAUGAUGUCUUAUCUUGGCUUAACACAUGUGAGAAUCAAACAGUCGUGUAUGUUUGUUUUGGAAGUCACUUGGUGCUGACUAAUAGUCAGAUGGUUGCGGUCGCAUCAGGGUUAGAGAAAAGUGGGGUCAAGUUUGUAUGGUCUGUCAAGGAACCCACAGGAGGACACGUGGCAAGUGAGUGUGGAAGGAUCCCAGAAGGAUUUGAAGAUCGUGUGGCUGGGAGGGGUCUUGUUGUUAGAGGGUGGGCUCCACAAGUGGCGAUCUUGAAUCAUGACUCGGUUGGUGCAUUCUUGACUCAUUGUGGGUGGAACUCGAUUACCGAAGGAGUGGUGGCAGAAGUUUUAUUGCUUACGUGGCCGAUGAGUGCCGACCAAUACUCAAACGCCACAUUGUUACACGACUUAAAAGUGGGAAUGAAAGCCUGUGAGGGAGAAAAGACCGUUCCCGAUUCUAAUGUGUUAGCUAAGUUGUUCAUCAAAUCAGUGAGUGACGAAUCGCGAGUUGAAAGAGAACGAGCAAAGGAGUUUGCCAAGGCUGCCAAGAAAGCGAUUUGUGAAAAGGGAAGUUCAGUAGCAGAAUUGGAUCGAUUAGUGGCCAAUGUAUCAUGUUAAAACAGAUUGAACAAUUAGCAAUAAAAUGCCUAUUUCUUUUGUAUUAUUGUAACUUAUAAUAUCAUAUUUUCUUAUAAAAGAUGAUCAAAAGUUCAUCCGAUUAA